UUUAAAUUAAUAUAUGCUAAGCUUGACUUCCUUGCAACCAAACAUAAACUCAGAGAUAUUUUUCUUAAUAAAGAUAAAUUUAAAGAGGUUGAUGAUUUACUAAACCUUCUUUACUAUAUACAUGAAGCAACAAUAUUACUUUUAUCUAGUUUGUAUUCAACAAUUUCUAAU